GUUGGGCCUGUUUGGCGGCCUGGAAGGGCCAGUUAAAUGCGGAAAAUCGCCAGCGGAAUAGUGGCAAAAAAUUUUCCCUCAGUCCCUCCUGCUAUUUUCUGCCUUCGUCUGCGCGUGCGAGCGGGACGGCAGCAGCGGUGCGACGGCCGCGUCGGGGCAUCGCGUGUGCGCGAGCGGGACGAGGCUAGCGACCAAGCGAGAAACGCAUACGCCAAAGUCGAAAAGUGAUUUUUUCUUCGUUCCCUCGGGCGAAGUCGAAACUGCUGCGAAAAGUUUUAUAAAUAAAGACGCGCGAAUUGAAAGUAAAUCCAGAAGAAACCCCAAAUAACACAACCUCCAGCGAGAGAGUAAAAUGAAUAAUGAUGCGAAAAACCAUGAAUGCGAUGACUUGAAUGUGCGCUCCACAGCGUAUUUUAACCAAAAAACCACAACUACAACCACAACCAACCAGCCGAAGGCCAGCAGCAAGAACAACGCAGGCUCCUCGGGCUCAGGCUCCCAAAACAACAACAGCAACAUCAGCAGCAACAACAACAACACCAGCGCCAACGCCAACGCCAAUCAACAGAAGCCCAACAGACAGCUGAAUCACAAUCUACCACGUAUCGCUGCCGCCAGACAUUCGAUAGCCGCCGCUCUACUGGCCAACAAUAGUCUGAAGACCAGCGGGCGGAAGAUCCUGUCGGCCAAGAAUGAGCCACUGACGACGACCACUGCGACGGAGUCAUCGGGAUCAACCACUGCGCCAGCAGCACCACUACUAACCAGCAAUAGCCGAUUGAAAGUUAACAACACCAACAAUAACACUGCCAAGAUGUCUGGAACCAGUAGCAGUCAGGCCUCGGCCACGCCCACAACGCCCACGGCCGCCAGCGGUAGCAGCAGCAGCAGCGACUCAGCAACAGCAGCCACCACCACAACAACGACGAGUGGCAGCAGCAGCGGCAGCGGCAGCGGAGGCACCACGGUCAUAGCCGGUGGUCCGGCGACCACCACUGGAGCAGUGAGCGCCGCCAAGUUCCGUGCCGCCGUGGCCUCGGCGCCCAGCCCAGCACUGCCUGCUCCCGCGCCUGCUACAGCAACUGCGUCCGCAUCCGCAUCUGCUCCUGCCCCCAGUAGUAGCUCCUCCAGCUCCUCGUCCUCGAAGAAGACCCGAGCAGCAGUGGCCGCCCUGAAGCGACAGGUGGCCUUGCAACAACAGCAACAACAACUGCAGCAGCAGCAGCAGCAGUCCGCCUCCGGUAAUGCCCCCAACUUGACCAGCAAGGAUUCGGCGCAUUUGAAAUUCGCCGCAACCACUCUGCUGAUGGGCGCCGCCGCAGCUGCCGCCGAUAGCAACGCUGGCGCUGCUACCGGUGGAUCAUCGGGUGGAGCGGGCGGAUCAUCUGGCUCCGGAGGAGGAGGAGGAGGAGCUGCAGCAGCCGCCGCCGCCGCCGCCAGAAUGGCCAUCAAUCCCGCCGUGGAUGUGGCCAAUGCCGCCGCCGUGCUCAAGCAGAAGCUUAAGGAAGCGGCUGCCGCCGCCUCGGCCUCCGCCUCCAAUCGCUCCGCCACCUCGUCCAUGUCAUCAACCGCCUCCUCGCUGUCCUCGUCGGCGAACCUCGUGAAUGCCAUCUCGGCGCUGCAGAACAUCAUCACGCCGGACACGGACACCGACACGGAGUUCUAUCACCAGCCCGUCACCACAGACCUGUCCGAGUCGGAGGAGGAGUCUGUCUCAGAGAUCCUAUUGGCAUUCUUGUGUUUAAGGCCAGAUCUCCUGGACGAUAUUCCCGAAUCGGAUCCGGAUAGCUGCCCGCAUGAGGGCGAGGUGCGCGAGGAUGAGGACGAAACGGAGGAGGAGUCCGAGGACUCUGAUGAGUCCGAAGGCGACGACGAGGAGGACGAAGAGGAGAUAGAUGUGCUGCAGGACAACGAUGCGGACGACGAGGAGAUCGACGAUGAGGACGAGGAAGAGGACGCGCCCGAAGUGAGUUCCUUCCUCAUGGACGCCAACAACAAGCGCUCCAGCAAUCUCACCGCCCUGCUCGAGGCCGCGGCCAACGAGAAGGCUCCUGUCCUGCGCCAUGCCACCCACGCCAUCGACGAGACCAAGCAGGCGCUGACCAAGAUGCGCUGUGCCAACAGUCCCCGCGAUAAGAACAGUGGCUUCUCCCGAUCCCUCGUGGCCGCCUGCACGGAUAACGAUGUCAACACGGUGAAGCGGCUGCUCUGCAAGGGCAACGUGAACCUCAACGAUGCCGCUGCCUCCACGGAUGAUGGCGAAUCCCUGCUCUCCAUGGCCUGCUCUGCGGGCUACUACGAGCUGGCUCAGGUUCUGCUGGCCAUGUCUGCCGCCCAGGUGGAGGACAAGGGGCAGAAGGACUCGACGCCGCUGAUGGAAGCCGCCUCCGCGGGUCACCUGGACAUCGUCAAACUGCUGCUCAACCAUAACGCCGAUGUGAACGCCCACUGUGCCACCGGCAACACCCCGCUCAUGUUUGCCUGUGCUGGCGGUCAGGUGGACGUGGUAAAGGUGCUGCUCAAGCACGGCGCCAACGUCGAGGAGCAGAACGAGAAUGGACACACGCCCCUGAUGGAGGCCGCCUCCGCUGGCCAUGUGGAAGUAGCCAAGGUGCUGCUCGAGCAUGGAGCCGGCAUCAACACCCACUCGAACGAGUUCAAGGAGAGCGCCCUCACACUUGCCUGCUACAAGGGUCACCUGGACAUGGUGAGGUUCCUGCUGCAGGCGGGUGCCGAUCAGGAGCACAAGACCGACGAAAUGCAUACUGCCCUGAUGGAGGCUUCCAUGGACGGCCAUGUAGAGGUGGCCCGUCUCCUGCUCGACUCCGGUGCCCAGGUUAACAUGCCCACGGAUUCGUUUGAGUCGCCUCUUACGUUGGCCGCCUGCGGUGGUCACGUGGAGUUGGCCACCCUGCUGAUUGAGCGAGGAGCCAACAUUGAGGAGGUCAACGACGAGGGUUACACUCCGCUCAUGGAGGCCGCUCGGGAAGGUCACGAGGAGAUGGUAGCCCUGCUGCUCAGCAAGGGUGCAAACAUCAAUGCCACGACCGAAGAGACCCAGGAGACAGCCCUUACGCUGGCGUGCUGCGGUGGCUUCAGCGAGGUGGCCGCCUUCCUGAUAAAGGAGGGCGCCAACCUGGAGCUGGGAGCUUCCACACCUCUCAUGGAGGCCUCGCAGGAGGGACACACUGACUUGGUGCGCUUCCUGCUGAAGAACAAGGCCAAUGUCCAUGCAGAGACGCAGACCGGCGAUACUGCUCUGACGCACGCUUGCGAGAACGGACACACGGAUGCGGCCGGUGUGCUUCUGUCCUACGGAGCUGAGCUGGAGCACGAGUCCGAGGGCGGCCGAACGCCGCUGAUGAAGGCCUGUCGCGCCGGACACCUGUGCACUGUGAAGUUCCUCAUCCAGAAGGGCGCCAAUGUCAAUAAGCAGACCACCAGUAAUGAUCACACUGCCCUGUCGCUAGCCUGUGCCGGGGGCCAUCAAGCUGUGGUGGAGCUGCUGCUAAAGAACAACGCCGACCCGUUCCACAAGCUGAAGGACAACAGCACAAUGCUGAUCGAGGCCUCGAAGGGUGGACACACCCGAGUGGUCGAGCUGCUCUUCCGCUACCCGAACAUUUCGCCCACGGAAAUGGCAGCGGCUGCGAACGCUAACCAAGCAGCCGUAGCCCCUUCCCAAUCUGGCCCAAAUCAGAUGCGCCAAAAGAUCAUGAAGCAACAGCUGCAGCAUCAGUUGCAGCAGCUCAACGCACCCCCUGGUUUGCACGAAUUGUCGGAGGCAGCGCGAGCAUCCAACCAGCAACAUUUCCACCAGCAACAGUUUAGCAGUGCAGGCAACGGAUCCUCCAACAUCGUGGCGAUGGGUACUGGAGAUUUUCUAGAGCCUGGCGAUCUGCAACUCACGGCUACGGCGGGAAUGGGCGCUGGAGCUGGAGCCAGCACCACCGGCAGUGAGGCUGGCAUGGAGGAGUAUGGAGAGGUCGGAGGAAUCGAUCUGACCACCCUCGGCGCUCAGCAGCAGGAAGGCCUCAUUGCCAAGUCGCGACUUUUCCACCUCCAGCCGGGCUUCGAGCAGCAGCAGCAGCAGCAACAACAACAGCAGCAGCAGCCACCUUCUGCCGGCCAACACCAGUUGGUGCCGUGCAAGCACUUUGACCUGGAUAUGGAGCACAUCAAUUCCCUGCAGCCACCGCAAAAGGCGCCGCCAGCUCCGCCGGUACUCUUCCACACCGUUUGCCAGCAGCCUGUUAUGCAACAGCAACAACUGCAGCCAGGUCAGGCCAAGCUGAAGGGGGGCAUGCUGCCAAACCGGAAUCGCGUAAUUAAGUCCGGCGAGGUGAUAGAGUUCAUCGACUGUCCACUGGAUCAGCAGCAGCAAGGCGAGCAGGUGCGAUCGCAGCCCUUGGGUGAGGACGGAAAGACUCCGCAAUUCGCAUGUGCCGGAGAGGAUCCACGGCUGCAGCGCCGACGCGGCUUUAUGCCGGAGCUGAAGAAGGGUGAACUGCCGCCGGAGAGCAGCAGCAGUGACCCUAACGAGCUAGCCCUCAAAGGAGCCGACAACAAUCAGCCCGUACCGACAGCACUGGACAAUAGUGCCUGCGCCCAGAUCCCAGCCCGAAACUCUGGCGGAGCCAUUACCCAUUCCUCGGAAGUUCUUCAAAGCACAGCCAUCAGCGACAGGCCCAAGGUGAAGGCCACCAACAAGAGCAACCGCAAGCAGGCAGCCGCAGCAGCAGCAGCUGCAGCAGCCGCGGCGGCAGCGGCAGCAGCAGCGGCCCAGCACGCACAGCAGGUGUUGCCCAACUUGCAGCAGAACCCGAUGGUGUCCAUCUAUAACAACCUGCACAUGCAGCAGUCGCAUUUGCAACUCCAGCAGCAACUGCAAUUGCACCAUCAGCGAGUUGCACUUGACAAUGCAGCGGCUGCAGCAGCAGCGGCAGCUUCUUCCGCGAACAUGGCCUACUCCAAUUCCCCGGCUUCUCCUCUCGCCUCGCCCACUGGCAGCGGCAACUAUGUCGAUCAGCAGCAACAACAGCAGCAGCAGUCCCUGGAAGUAGCCCUGCAGCAUAAGACUACCAUGGAUGACUUCCGUGGCAUGCUGGAGACGGCGGUGAACGGCUCGAGGGGCCGUAAAGAUCUGGCCCUGAACACACCCCAGUUGAACUUCUUCAAGGACGGAUGGCAUAUGGUGGGAGUGCACAACUUCUUCGGCGAUCAGCCAAAGUCGCCCACUGAGACUCCUCCGGAGAUGGAGGAGACUACCAUGUCCUCGCCAACCGAAGCAGAUCGCCUUGGAUCCGAGCCUCGGGCCGAGAUGAAGAAUCUGGCCACGCUCUGCUCGGCGGCAGCAGCUGCUGCUGCUGUGGCUGCGGCUAACAAGGAUCAGGACGAGAUCAGUUCGGAGCUUGAGAGCGAGUGCGAGGACGAUGCUGAGGGUGAGGCCGGGGCAGAUGGCGAGGAAAAUACACUGCCUCCGGAGCCCAUUGAAUUGGCAGCCGCUUUGCGCGAAGAUGGCAUCAUUGUGGAAGAAGAGGAGGAUGAUGAGGAGGACGAUGACGACGAAGAGCAGGACACCAACAGCGGGGAGAUUGAUAAGCUCAACUAUGAUGACGAAGAUGCGGAGGUGGACAACGAUGGUGAAGUAGACUACAUCGACGAGGAUGAAGGUGGUGGCGAAGGCGAGGAUGAGGAAGAGGACGGGGACGAUGACGAGUUCUUCCUGGACGAACCAGACAGUGAUCAAGGUGCUGGCAACAACAAUAAUAACAACUCAAAAAGCGGUGCCAGCUCGCUGCCUCUGAAGCAGCGCAAAAUGAACACUCGGCUGGAGAACCUAAUCCUCAACUCGCAGACAAUGUGCGACUUCCCGCUCGAACUUACCAACUCGGAGCUCGUUCACGUCCUGCCUCAAAUAAGCAAUCUCAAGGCGGCGGCCAGCAGCAACGCGGCGCUGAACAGCGUGCUCCAGCAGCAGCUGGCGGCUGCCACCGCAGCAGCUGCGCACGCCAAGGCGGUUGCAGUCCACCAGAAGCAGCUGAAGCACCAAGUGGAGGGAGAUCAGCAGUGCGAAGACGAUGGCGGCGCUGGCGGAAGUGAGCUCUACUCCGGCUUGGAGCACUUCGCCAACGAUGGCGAAAUGGAGGAUAUAUUCCAGGAGUUGGCCAGUAGCCUAAACUACCCAGAGCUGGCCGAGUUUAGCUUGAACCAGAUGUGCAAGGGCAGGUUUGCUGGCAACUGGGCGCAAUCGUCGGGCAAGUGGACCGGUCAGGAGCAGUUGGUGGGCGUGGUACGGUCGCCAGGUCUCAUUAACCCAGGCGAUGUUCCGCAAGAUGCUCAGCGACAGGCAAAUCUCGUCCUCCUCGACUAUUCCAUGCAGCAAAACAUUCAACUCGAGCAGCGACUCCUCGAUUCCGACGAAAUGCACGCGCAGCAACACCAGCAAACUCCUCUUUCCUUACUCCCCUUUACCGAUGAACAGCAACAGCAGCAGCAGCUUCACAAUCAAGCCUUGUCCCAUGCCGCCGAAUUUCAUCAGCACCAGCAGCUUGCUUUAGAAAAGGAUCUGGAGCUAAAGCAGCAGAUGGAGUCAUUGCACAGCCUGCACGAGUACACCAAUGCGCCGUUCAUCAAGGCUGUUACUGCCCAGCGUCAACAUCAGCAGCAGCCUGCCACAAACUUUGUUUACAACGUGGAGAGCGGCGACAAGAAUGCCCCGCCCGUGCAGUUGCUUUUCCAGCUGCCCCCAAACAUGGCCCAGCAUCAAGCUCAGCAACAGGCUGUCGGAGAGCCCCUCACCGAGCAGCAGCAGCAGCAGUUGCACGCUGAGCAGGCCCAUCUUUUUCAACAACGAACCGGCGUUCAGCGUCCGCCAACCCAGAGUGAACUGGAGCAGGUGGCCCAAGAGCUGCUGCUCCAACGGAGUGGCCAGGUGCCAGCCGGAACUCCCGUCGUGGGUGUCCAGGCAUUGCCUCUUAAGCAGAAACACUUUAACCUGCAGGAACAGCUGCUCCUCCAUCCGCCGCCGCAUAUGCAGGCGCCCACCUGUGUCCAGCAUCAGGUGGCCACGCAGACGCACCCUGCUUCUGUGGUUGUGCCGCAGACCGCUGUUGGACAGUACACACAAUUCGCCCUGCAGAACCCCCAGCAACAGCAGUUGCAGCAGAACGAGCUCUCCAUUUGGCCGAUGGGCACACCUACUUCCACGCCCAGCACCACUGUCAACGCCACCAAGUCGAUGCCCGGCGGCAUUGCCAAAAAGGCCAUUGACAAGCAGUCGCGCAAGGAUCGUCGCUGUGUGAUGCGUCAAACGCCAGCCGGCAGUCAAGUGAACACCAACCAGCAUCAACAGCCCCAGGUCGCAACAGCCCAGCAGCAGGCUCAACUCCAGAACCAGUUGGCCGUCGCGAACACUGCGAGUGUGGACAAGACCAUUGAGAUUGAUUCGGAGACGGAGUCGAACCACGACACCGCCUUGACACUGGCAUGUGCCGGCGGGCACGAGGAGCUGGUCGAACUGCUGAUCAAUCGUGGAGCGAACAUCGAGCACCGCGACAAGAAGGGAUUCACGCCGCUUAUCCUGGCCGCCACCGCUGGCCACGACAAGGUCGUUGACAUUCUGCUCAAGCACAGCGCCGAAUUGGAGGCUCAGUCAGAGCGUACCAAGGAUACGCCACUGUCGCUGGCCUGUUCCGGCGGCCGCUACGAGGUGGUGGAGCUCCUGCUCAGCGUUGGUGCCAACAAGGAGCACCGCAAUGUAUCCGACUACACGCCACUGAGCCUGGCAGCCAGUGGGGGCUAUGUGAACAUCAUUAAGCUGCUGCUCAGCCACGGAGCGGAGAUCAACUCGCGCACGGGCAGCAAGCUGGGCAUCUCCCCGCUCAUGUUGGCCGCCAUGAAUGGUCACACGCCGGCGGUCAAGUUGCUUCUGGAUCAGGGAUCCGACAUCAAUGCUCAGAUCGAGACGAAUCGCAACACGGCCUUGACAUUGGCCUGCUUCCAGGGCAGGCACGAGGUCGUGAGUCUCCUGCUUGACCGGCGGGCCAAUGUUGAGCAUCGGGCUAAGACGGGACUGACGCCGCUUAUGGAGGCUGCCUCGGGUGGCUACAUAGAGGUGGGUCGUGUUCUGUUGGACAAGGGAGCGGAUGUGAAUGCUGCUCCGGUGCCCACGUCCAGGGAUACUGCCCUGACCAUUGCCGCGGACAAGGGACACCAGAAGUUCGUAGAGCUCCUCCUUUCCCGUAAUGCCAGUGUAGAGGUAAAGAACAAAAAGGGUAACUCCCCGCUCUGGUUGGCCGCCCAUGGUGGCCACCUCAGUGUGGUGGAGCUUCUUUACGAUCACAAUGCUGACAUUGACUCACAGGAUAAUAGACGCGUUUCCUGCCUGAUGGCUGCCUUCCGCAAGGGUCACACUAAGAUUGUGAAGUGGAUGGUGCAGUACGUGUCGCAGUUCCCCUCCGACCAGGAGAUGAUCCGCUUCAUUGGCACCAUCAGUGACAAGGAGCUGAUCGACAAGUGCUAUGACUGUAUGAAGAUCCUGCGUAGCGCCAAAGAGGCCCAGGCCGUCAAGGCCAACAAGAAUGCCUCGAUCCUGCUGGAGGAGCUCGAUCUGGAGCGGACGCGCGAAGAGAGUCGCAAGGCAGCCGCCGCCCGUCGCCGUGAGCGCAAGAAGAAGAAGAAGAUGGAGAAGAAGGAGGAGAAGCGCCGCCAACAACAGGGCAACGGUGCCGGUGGUGACGAUAUGCAGGGCGAUGACGAUGAUGCCACUGACAAGGAUGAUGAUUCCGACAAGGACGACGAAGACGAGGAGGCAGCGCCGGCCACCGCUCGUGAGGAGGGCGACUCUGGCAUCGAUCAGGGCUCGUGCUCCAGCGGAGACACGAAAGGUGCGCGCUUGGGUGGCGGUCAAUCGGCCCAGGCUGCGGAUGCCUCAACCAAUUCCGGGUCGAGCAACAAUCAGGGAAAGAAGAGCAAGAAGCAGCCCAAGAACAAGUCGUCGGUAUCGGUGGAACCUGCUCCAACACCCACUCCCCCCGUAAUCACAUCCACACCGAGCACCACCGUCCUCAAGGGCAUCUCUGUGAAGAAGCAACCGGCAGCAGAAGCUGCUAAGCAACAACCUGCCGCACAGCAGGCUGCUCCUCUGAAGCGACAGCUGGAGGUGAAGAAGGAGGAACCUCCUGUCAAGAAGAAGGAGGAGAAGAACAGCUCCACCAGCAGCAGCAAUAAGCGUGAGAAGGAGAACCUUGCGCCCAAGGAGGUGGCGCUGCCAGCCAAACAGCAGACCAGUAACUCCAGCAAACUGCAGAGCAGCGAGUCCGCAAGCAAUAUUAACAGUAGCAGCUCUACCAACGCCAGCAACGCCAACACCAACACCCGCAAAGAAGUGUCCAAACCAGUGUCACAAGCUGCUAGCAGCACCAGUCUGAAUCCUGCCAAGCGCAGCGAGGUCGAUGGCUGGAAGGAAGUGGUCCGCAAGAGCAGCACCCAGCAGACCACAGCGGUAGGAGCGAGUGGAGCCCCACUGCCGGUGACGGCUACCAGUUCAGCCACCAGCGUGCAGCAUCAUCCGCAUCACCAGCACCACCACCUGGCCAACAGUACCAGCAACAGUUCAAGCUCCCUGGCCACGGGGACAAACUCAUCGGCGACUUCGGUUCCUGAAAUGACCUGCAAGAAGGUGCAGGUGCCGGUUAACGCCAUCUCCAGGGUGAUUGGGCGAGGCGGCAGCAACAUCAACGCCAUUCGCGCCACCACUGGUGCUCACAUCGAGGUGGAGAAGCAGGGCAAGAACCAAUCUGAGCGUUGCAUAACCAUUAAGGGUUUGACCGAUGCCACCAAACAGGCACAUAUGCUCAUCUUGGCACUGAUCAAGGAUCCCGAUGUGGAUAUCUUGCAAAUGCUGCCCAGGAUCAACAGCAGCAUUAAGCAGUCCUCUGGUGGCGGGGCGAAUGCUCCGAUGACCGUGGGUACUUGGGACAAUCGCACCGCUGCCGGUGUGAAUGCGUACACCUUCUCCUCGGCCGCAUCUACCACCUCCACAUCGUCCAGCUCGUCUGCCAGCUCCACUACACCGGCGGGAACUGCCUACAGUAAUGCGCACAAGCAGCAGCAGCAGUUGCAGCCGGUGAAGGCCCCGAGUGGACGGACCUCGGCCUCUGCCAAGUCCAACGGCAGCAGCAGCAGCAGCUCUAAGGUGUCUUCUUCGAGUGGAUCCGGUUCCCGCAAUGGCAGAGGUGGCGGUGGCUAUCUCAGCCAGCAACAGCCUGGUCGUAGCUCCGGCAGCAACUCAUCGAAUGGCGUGGCCAAGAGCAAGACGGAGAGCUCAUCCAAGGCCCUGCCAGCAGCACAGAAGAGCAGCAGCACGGCUGUGGGUAAAUCCUCGACUGUGGCUCCCGGAGCUCAGAACUUUGCAAAGGCAGCGGCCAUAGCACAGUCCUCGCCCAAAAAGGCUGAGGGAGGUGUGACCUCAGCGGUUAUUAGCUCUGCCGGCGGACGCAGCAGUGGUGUGGUGGCUCCAUUUGGACGUGGCAAGCCUGUCGCUGGCCAAGGAGCAGCUGGAAAUGCGGCAUCUGCAAAUGUUGCCCAGCUGGGAAGUGGAAGCGGCAGCACUAGCAACAGCAACAUAUUGGCUGGACCAAUUGGCACCUUCAACGUGGCGGAUGUGGCCGCCGUGAAUGCAGCCGCUGCAGCAGGAGCAGCCGCCUCUGCCAACAGCAAUGUGAAACCCAUUGCACCCAUUGCACCGCCCAGUAAGCGAGUGGGCUCGCCCACCCAAGCUCAACAGCAACAAGCGCAGCAGCAACCGCAACAACAACAACAGCAGCCACCACAGGCAGCACCAGUUCCUGGCCCGCAGCCACAGCAGCAAACCCAGCAACAGCAGCAACCGCAACAAGCGCCUCAGGAACAGCAGCAGCAACAACAGCAGCCACAACCACCCCAGCAACAGCAACCACAGACGGCCCAGCAAAAUCUGGUGAUCAACACAAACCUUCUGAACCACCUGAUGGCCGCCAAUGCAGCCACAGAUAGCUUUAGUGCCCAGUUGGCCGCCAAGCUGUCUAGCGCCUAUUCCCUGUUCAGUGACUACCAGCAGUCGCAGUGGGGCAAGCUGGGGGAUCCCGGCAUUGGCGGAGGAGCAGGAGCUGUUGGCGAUGGUCUGCCGCAGGCGGAUGCCUCCAAGGCACCAGGAUACAAUCGCAACAUCCUCAGUUCGCCCGUGGGCAGUUCCAAGGCCUCGUCGAAUCACUCAACCUCACCGCCUGUGGGUAAUGUGAUCCAGCAGCAGCAGCAACAACAACAGCAGCAGCAGCAGCAACAACCGCAAUCCAGCCAGCAGGCUCUAAACAUAAUCACCAGUGGAGGACCAGUAGGAGCUACAGCAGCGCCAGCCAGAUCACCAAUGGUGUCCGCCAACGAUGGAAAUGCCGCAGUGGGCCAGCCCUCCAUAAAUGGAACCCAGGGACUGGGUGAAUCGGCGCCCGCCCAUUCGCCGGGCGUUAUUAAGCCGCCCACCUCCACAGUUCCCAUCCAGCGGCAUGUUCCCAUGCCGAUCUCUGCACCGGAGUCCGGGGCACCACCCACAUUCGGAGCGAUUGGUUCCAAUCCAGCCGGCGGUGGCAAUUCAGCGGCAGCCCAAGCAGCUGCUGCUGCAGCGGCCUCUGCCAUGAUCGAUCGCCAGCAGCAGAAUAUGCAAACUUUGCAAAAUUUGCAGCGAAUGGUGGGAGCCUCUCAGCAGCAGCAGCUCAACUACCCAAUGGAUCCCUCCCCGUCGACGUACAUUAUGGAUGGAAAUAGCUUGUUGCGCCUGAAUCCACGCGCCUCGAUCUUUCCGCAAGGCAACAAGCAGCCACCACAGCCGCCGCCGCAGGGUGCAGCGCAGUCGAACAUGUUCGGAGGCAAUCAAGGGAGACAGCUGCCGGGAGCGGGCGCCAGGCAGCCGGGCGGAGCAGCCGCGCAGCGUUGGUAUGGCGGAGCCUUGGAGUAUCCAUCGUACACGGGCCGUGACAUGCUGCACCUGGAGAACGGAGCCGGCGGCAUGGCGGGCCUAGGCUCGCCAUCUGCCAUGUCGCCGAACCACGACGACAUCCGCAAGAUGCCGCGUCCCAUUGGCACAGAGCGAGCUGCGUCCUGGAAGUUUAACAACUUCAAUGUGGCCGCCUCGGCACUAAGCAUGGACGAUGCCCUGGCCAGCGUCCUGCCGCCUUGGGCGCACGAGCCGAAGGGUCAGCCACCAGGUCUGCAGCAGCCGCCGCCACCACCGCAGUCGCAGCAGCAGCAACAACCGCUCAACUGGUUGAAGCAGCAGCCACAGCAGCAGCAGUACAGGCCGUACAACAACGGACCCUAUCCGCAGCAGCAGCAGCAUGAGCCAAUGAAUAUGCCCAUGGACUACCACAACAUGCAGGCGCCGCCGAACAUGAGCCAGCAGCAACAGCAGCACGUCAACUUGAUGCCCUCAUACGGCUACCAGCACUUUGUGGGCGCUCCCGGAGCGGUUGACAUCGCCGCACACAUGCCGGACAAGAUGGAGGUGUGGGAUCAUCACGACAAGCACUUGCCCUGGACCAACUACACCACCAACUGGUCCAACUGAUGUCCCAGCGACACUCAGAAGGAGGAUCUCUUCGAUACCUGUCGUUCAAGCAACUGAAUCGAGCAGCUAUGGCUGAGCACUCUUCCACACUACCAGGACCCAGCAGGAGCAGCCGCAGCAGCAGCAACGUCAAGAUCAGUAGCAGCAGCAACGGCCACAGCGAAAGCAUCCCACUGAUUUGAACAUGCGAAGCGAAAUAAUAUUUAUUGAAUUUCUACGUUUUCUAUUCGGAUUCUCGGCUUCUUCUCCCCACCACUUAAUCUUCUAACAACCUGGCAACUGACGUGGAAACCAACUAACAGCAAGAAGGACUUAUGUGAAAAUUGAAACAUGGCUUUGUUCUUUAGUUUAUCGAUUUAAAAACUUGAAUUUGGGUGAUUAGUUUGUUUCGCAGGCAACUUGAAAUUUAACCAGAAAGAAAUCUUAGAGAAAAGCAAAAUGAAUGCAAAAUAAUGAUACAGAAAAGAAAAGCGAAAAGUAAGAAGAAAAAAAUGUUCGAAAGUGGCGCCCAGGUAAACUGGGUGCAAUAUAUAUUAUUUAUUUUUAAAUGUAUUGAUAUUUUUUGAAGAAGCAUGAAGUUAGUGGUAGCUUUUUGUGUGAUGAGGCAGAGGGUAAACGAAGCGAAAAGUAACUUUCAUUCACACACACACAAUACACAUGCACUAACCCCCUCCCCGCACACGAACACACAUAAACACACACCUACGCAAAAAUACAUUUACUUUAAGAUAGAAGUCAGUCUUAUGAAUGGAACAUUAAAUUGAAAUGUUUAGCGCCAGCUAAAGUACACACACAAACUUUUAUUACAACACUUAUACAUAAAUACAUCUAUAUAUAUUUAAUAACAUUAAUAAAGGCAACAAAUGAAUGUCGAAACUGUAAAUUCUAGGCGCGCACUUUUCUAUAAAUCCCCCUUUCCCCAACCAAAACCGAAAUGCACACCCCCAACAAGAAGCUAACGAAACCGGAAACUAGAACAAAGCUAUGAAAACGCAUGCAUACGCUAUAGAUCGAAAGAAAACGAGUACGAGAGGAAAUACUGCAACCGACAAAAAUUACUUAACUCAACUUACCACAUAUGCAUACCAUUAACUACUCCCCCAACUUAACGAUGCGUCUGGGAAGGAUACCAAACCCAACCGAACGAAAGCAGCUACACGAGUGUUUGGUGUUCUUCGGCCAGCGAAAUCAGGAGACAACCCCUUGGUCGAUACCCCGAAAAAUGUAGCUAGUAGAAAUUGAAAUUGCUUAAAUAACUAAGUGAAACAUCAAGAAAUUAGUGGUCGCGUAACGUUUUAAUAUUCCAUUUACGAGAACUAAACGAUAUAUGAUGAUGAUUAUGAUAUGAAGAUGACGCGACGACGAAGCGGCGCUUGCUUGCCAUCUUUGAUGCUUUUCCGACACUGCUCAUAGACGUACAUAAAAUAUAUACCUACCUAUAUACUAGCGAAUAGCAUAUAUGAGAUACACAGAUUUUUAUUUCGAAGAAAGCAAGAACCUAAACUAAACGAUGAUAUGUAAAAACACACUUGAUAAACCCCCUCCUCUUGCCUGAUCCAGGCUCGCACUACCAAUAUGCACGAGUGAAGUCCGAGGCCGGAAACGGAUCGGGCCGGGAGAAAGGUCGAAACAAAGUGGGUCGUCAAGCAAUUGCUUUGUAAAAUUCUAGAGGAAAACGAUGCUUGAGAUAUAAUGCUUAGAGAAACGUUAAAUGAGCAGCCCACGCAUAACCACACACAGAACACAAACACCCGAUUACAAGUUAUACUUUAAAGUUUAAACGAUGAUAAUGAUGAAUAUGAAAGUACGAAAUAAAAGAUAAUAUACAUAAGUGAGCAUGAAA